AUGGCGGCCUUUGUGCGUCUUCAACCCCGGUCAGGUAAGACAGACGCGCACUCGUGCAAGGCACAGCGUUCGACUAGAGGAGACGCCAAAAAGGCCAACGACGAUCAACGUGACAGCACCGUCGGCGACGUGUCGAUCCAGUGCGUAGCCGGAGGGUUAAUUGAGGUCCAGGCUCGGCACGAGCGCUGGGACCCAACCAAAAGACUUGAAGCGACCCGGCAUUCCGGUACGGUGAAGCGCCACGGCGACGUGACUCGGGUGUAUGGUACGGAGAAAACGCGGUACGACCUGUGGCGAUUCCUUCUCAUCUCUGAGUCUACAACGUGGUGA